UACUAUAUAUAUAGAUACAACCCAUCUCCCUUCACUCCCUUCACUCCUUCCACAGUACUCUACAUCCCGACACCCAAGGCUGAACCAGAUAGCAGAGCAAAGAUGGAGCAGACUUUCAUCAUGAUCAAGCCUGACGGGGUCCAAAGAGGCCUGGUUGGUGAAAUCAUUGGCAGAUUUGAGAAGAAGGGUUUCACUUUGAAAGGUCUGAAGCUUAUUACUGUGGAUCGUCCUUUUGCUGAGAAACACUAUGAGGAUCUUUCUGCAAAGCCAUUUUUCAAUGGACUUGUUGACUACAUUAUCUCAGGCCCUGUUGUUGCUAUGGUUUGGGAGGGUAAGAAUGUCGUUACAACUGGCCGCAAGAUAAUUGGAGCCACAAACCCGGCAGAGUCUGCCCCAGGAACAAUCCGUGGCGACUUUGCAAUUGAGAUUGGCAGGAAUGUCAUUCAUGGAAGCGAUGCAGUAGAGAGUGCCAGGAAAGAAAUUGCAUUGUGGUUCCCUGAUGGCCCCGUCAGCUGGAGCAGCAGCCUUCACCCGUGGAUCUAUGAAUAGACUUGGGCUGUUGGGUUGAUGGUUGCAUCUUAUCAUUCCAUUUAUGUUUAAACUCGUGUUUCGUAUGUUCAGACUUAUUUUAAGUUUAAUUUGAAAGUGAGUUGUAGUGAUCCUGAUUUGGUAAACUAUGAAUUUAGAACGAGGUCAAUGAAAAUGACAGUAGGACUAAGUUAUCUAUCUGGUCGAGCACCAGAUUGAAGUAAGCUGGGUUUGUACUUUGUAGGUUGGCAGUCACGUCUGGCAUCAAUUCACUGUUCGUUUGUUGGUAAUUCCGAGUUAUAACUGGAUGUAACUGUUUGUGCUC